AUGGUAAACGAGGAACUUAUUCUUUUUGCUAUUAAUUCUUUAAUCGGUGCAUCACUUCAACCAGUUACAUCAAUUAAUGAGCUUCAGAAUGCUAAUCACUUUAUCGAAAUUAUUUCUGCAGUUGAAGCACGACAAUUUCCAGAAGCUGAUAUUAGUAUUCCAGCAUUAACUGAUAGUACUGAAGAUAAAUUUGAAUUUAUUCUUCAAUAUCUUUCAAAACAAUCAACUUGUUCCAUUAUGGAAUGGAAUUUAAAUGAAUUAGUUCACGGCAAUGAUGUUCUUCUUUUUAAAUUACAUAUGAUUAAAACAGUAGCAAAUGAUGCAUAUCAAUUAAAUGUUGAUGCUUGCUUACAAGAUGCUGCUAAAAGAAAAUGUGUAGAUCCAUUGAUUAGUGAUUCAAAUGGUUCACGAAAUAAUAACAAUCAUUCAUUAAUCCUGGAUGAAAGUUGUACUUGUUCAACGAAUCAAUCUCAAAUUGGUACUGUAUCUAUUCAAUCAUGUAAUGCUAUUCAGGAAGAUGUAUUUAAAAUUCAAAAUAUACUAGUUAAUAUUAAUAAUAAAUAUGGUGAUCUUGAAAAACGUUAUAAUACAUUAAAGAGAAAGCAUCAUGAAUUAAAUGAAAAAGUUGUUCAACAAAUUGAUUAUGAUAUAAUUAAAGAUGAACGCAAUCAAUUGCGUGAAGAUAUUCGUCGAUAUGAAGUUGAAAAUAAACAGUAG